GAAUAAACAAAAAACAGUAAUUGAGCUACACGAGCAUAAUUUUUUCUUUCGUCAAAUCUCCUCUCUUUCUUUCCUUUUUUUACUGUUCUAUUUACUUAUCUCACUCCAUCUUCACCUGCUCCUCUGUUAUCUCUAGAUUUUUGCUUUUGCUUCUCAGAUCGGAGUUCCAUGGUUCGCCGAUAACUCAGAGGGGAAGAAAUGUGUGUACUGAUGCAGUUUCGGCAACGCGGGUUCGAGUUUGGAACUGGGAAAUGAGAUAAGCAGCUGAGCACGUCGAGUAGUAAGGACCUGCUAACAUGAAAUGCCAAAGGAUAAAAGUUGAUGAACCUUUCAUUCCUGCAUCAGAAGAUGAUGCAACAAGAGUGCAGCAUUUACUUGCAGAUCCUAAACCUGAUCAUGUUUCUGUAGAUGGCGUAUUCUCUUUUGGUAAAGAGAAUUCAUGGAAGCGUUUGGGAUUUGAGGAUUUUUCCAAUGGGUUUGGUUUUGGACUAGAAAGAGAUUGGGGUGGACUGAAUCAUAGUAACACUCGAGGGCAAGAUGAAAUGGAGCUUGGAGUUCUUGAUGGGCUGUUGGAUGGGGUUGAUGAAGUAGAUGAUUUUCAUGCAGCAAAUGACAUUUCUGGGGCCUGUGAAGAUUUUCUUUUGGACGUUGAAUUGGCUGGAAAGAUCUCUGACCUGGAUUUUGCUCCAUACAGAAGACCACAUAUAAGAAACUCGAGUUCAGAAAGUCGAUCUCCAGGAUUUAAUGGAAGUAGCAAUGCUGCUCCUGGAUUGUCAGAAUCCACAAGAACUAUUAUUGUAGAAUCUGAAUCCAAGAAUAAUUCACUUGAGAAGAAAUUGGUCAAAUGUGAGCUAAAUGAUUUUUGCGGUGGCAAAUGGGAAUAUCAAGCACUAGGUACAGAAGAUGCAAUUAUGACUUCACGUGAUUCAGAAAAACUCGAUGCAUUGGCUGAUGAUCCAAAGCAUUUUGAAAGUGGCAUUUCAUCGGAUGAAAAUGAGAAGGAAGCUAUCCAAGCAGGAAAAAUCAGUAAUCUUCUUAGACAGAAGAGAGUACGUAAGCCUACUAAGAGGUUUAUUGAAGAAUUUUUAGCUCCAAAGUCGAAACAUUUUGUAGAAACAGAAAAAAGUUUAGGUGCUUCCUCAAAAAAUAUUAAGCGCUUGAAGAUCAAAUCUCUCGAGGAACAGAGUGAGAGAGCAUCUACAUAUGUAUCCAAGGAGUCGUCUUUAAUUGAGACUAUUACUCAGGAAACACUGGAUGAUGAUGAAAAAUUGUCAGAUCUGAGGUCCAAGUGUCUGACUGCAAGGAAAAAAAAUUCUGCUUUAAAUGAUGAAGACUUAAGGAUUAGAUCUCAGAAUGGAUUUAAUUGUGUGAGAGAGUUCAAAUCUGCUCCAAGAGACGAGUGUCUUGAAGUAACUAAAACCCAAGCAGCAUAUAAGUCUUGGUCAAGGAGGAGACGGCAAAAAAAAAACCCUUCUGUUUCGGACUCUGAUGAUGAGUAUACUGCAUCUGAGUCUAAAGAUGAUCGUGCAAAGAGAAGAAGAUCUAAGAAAGGUGCUGAUCGGAGAAAGAAUCAAAGAAUGUGGACUCCUUCUGAGGUGUCGAGGUUGAUUGAUGGUAUUUCUCAGUAUGGAACUGGGAGAUGGACUGAUAUAAAGAGAUUAUUUUUCCCCUCAUCCACGUAUCGCACACCUAUAGAUCUAAGGGAUAAAUGGAGAAAUCUUCUAAGAGCUAGCUCUGUAGAGAAAGAGAGCAAGAAAGAGUCUGAACAAAAGCUCAAGCAAAAUAUGUGCCCCUUGCCAAAGUCUGUGGUGCGCCGAAUUCGGGAACUAGCGUCGCUUCAUCCAUAUCCGAGGUUCACUCCUGGUGGUAGGUACAUACGUAAAAAGAAGAAUUGACAUGAAGAACCAUUUAUCAGUCAUAAUAUAUCAUAACAUAACGCCAAAUUUAGUUGUAAAAAAGGAAGUUAUAAUUCCAUUUAAGUUUCCCCUUUUUACUUAAGACGUGCCUACAACUGAUUUUCUCAAAAUAUCAAAGAUCCUUGUCUGCAUCACUAAGUGCGGUGAAUGUUGUACACAGAAAACAAUGACCCCAAAUUUCUAGUUGUCAUAGCUGGGAUUCUGGCUAGUCCAUAUGUUUUUAAUUCAUGAAUUAACUUUUAAUUGGUAAAA